ACCCACUGGAAGAGCAAGAGUGGUCACAAAUGUAUAUAACUCUGCCACCAAUUAAUUUAUAAUGAAUACACCGCCCAGUUUAUAAAAAUAAUGUGUAAAUGACCUCAUAUUGACUUGAGGAAAAUUAAUACAACUGACGGGAACUAACAAAUCAGUUAGCAUUCUGUGUUGUGAAUAUGUGGAGUGCUGAUUGACGGAAAAAACAUGAAAUUAAUUAUUUGCCUGUGCCUGGCAGCAUGGCCGAGCGUAUUAGCCAUGUACUUCACCGGCGAGAAAGAAAUCUUCCAGGCACCAAACCUCCUUCGAAAUGACUCCUAUUUCGGAUAUAGUAUCACUUAUGACCAAAAAAAUACAAAAUUAGUAAUAAGUGCGCCGAGGGAAAAUAAUAUCGGUGCUGUAUAUGACUGUGACAUACCGUCUCGAUCCUGUUCCAAUGUUCCUGUGACAAUCGAUAGGAACUCUCUACCUGCAGAGUAUAACCAUGACUUUUGGUUCGGAGCUACGGUUAAAUCUGGGCCCAACUUCGUAAUGAUGUGCGCUCCACGUUACACUCAAAAUUAUAUUAGUAAGUCUGAUAAGAAUGGAUUUAACAAGUACGUGACCUUCGGUAAAUGCUUUUCGCAUGAAAACGGGAAAAUGGUUGAAAGGAGACAAAUCGUUGAAUCUGAGAGGAACAAUGACGCCGAAUCUGAAAUGGAGACACGUAUGGAUUCCUUUGGUUGGAGUAUAGAUGUCGCUAGCGACGACAGCAUACUGGUUGGAGGCCCAGGCAUGUUCCAUGGUCGUGUCAUGAUCUACAAGCCGAGAGUAAACAUACCAAUAUUUAUUAAAUACAACAAAGACAUGAUGCCUGAAUUCGAUUUUGGUUACAGCGUAGCCUCCGGCAUGUUUCUAGAUAAGAAAUUAUAUUACGCAAUUGGUUCGCCGUAUGGAACUAGUGGACUUGGAGAGGUCUUGUUUUAUCAGAAAGUUAAAUUGAUACGAAAACUAAUCAAAGGGGAAGACACUGACGUCGUUGGUUCAAUGUUCGGUGCCGUGCUGUGUGCUGCUAAAAUGUCCAACAAAUUCACCGACUUGAUAGUGGGUGCGCCCACAUACGCCAAGGCAGACACGUAUAACUUGGGAGCAGUGUACGUUUACCUUAACCCCAAGAGCAAUAAAUUGUCUCCGAUAUUCAAAAGAAGGAUUGUCGGGGAGUCUGCCGGGGCACAGUUUGGAAGUGCUAUAGCAAACGUGGGAGACCUGAAUGGUGACCACAAAGAUGAAAUAGCAAUCAGUGCACCGUUUGAAAACGACGGUAGUGGUGUAGUCUAUCUGUACAGUGGACGUGAUCUUAUCAGUGAUAAGCCCGAGAUGACUCUGAAAUGGAUGCAAAAAAUUGAACCUGAACCAAGUUACGCCAAAUCCUUCGGUCUGAGUCUCACACCACUGCUGGAUUAUGACAGAAAUGGAUGCAAUGAACUGGCUAUUGGUUCGCCCUACAAUGAUACAGUGGUUCUCUUGAGGUGUCUGGCUGCUAUAACUGUACAGACGUCCGCUAAGUUCCCCAAUCUAAAGGAUCGAGCUACCUCUCUUCAAAUCAACUAUAAUCUUACAGUUUGUUUAACCGUAACGUAUCCAACUUUACCAGAGGAGAUCACAGCCCGUUUGUCAACCACAGUGAUGAUGAUCCAUUCUUCCGCGAGAUUAGCCGCAACCAACGACCCAGACGGUUUCAGAUUCGAAACAGACCUGAAGGAAAAACGUGGAGAAUACUGUAAUGAUAUUCCAUUCAUUCUACCUAUUGACGGGAAAUAUGACACAGAGAUAAACUACGCAGUUAAGACAAAGUUGAUAGAAGAUCCCAUGCAACUGAAGAAGUUUGAUAGAACUCGUGUGAUCCUCAGUGACCGAAGCGUCUUGCAAGUGAUACAGGCCGCGUGGGCAGCCGAAUGCGCGGGCAAGAUUUGUGUGCCCAAUUUCAUUAUGACACCUUCUUUGAGUUUUGAUAUCAAAGACAAUAAAUACAUAAUCGAUUCAACUAAGACGGAGCAUAUAUCUGUAUCUAUGGUUAACAACGGGGAGGUCGCAUAUGAUACUUGUUUGCGUGUGGAGAUCUCCGGGACCAGGGUGCUGAGGUACCCACCGGCCUGUCAGACCAAUGGUACCAGUCUGCUCUGUAUGCCUAUAACGCCUAUCAGACAUGGCAAUAAAUGGGACACAGGUUCAAUAGACCUGGAUAUGAAACAACUCAAUAACUUGGACAAAAACGUGACAGUUAACAUAACGCGGUACGAUUACUGCAAAAAUGCCAAACCUACUGAAAUUCGCCCGUACACUAUUGACUUGAAGCCGGAUCCGAGUGGAAUUGCCGCUAGUGGAGAAAAUGACAUUGGUGCUAUCGUUGACGUGACCAGAGAAGAAGUAACAGAAAAGGGGAAGAAGAUGACUCAUGUGUACACUUUGACGAACUCUGGACCAACUCAUUGGGCGAAGCUUCAAGUAAAAGUAAAGUUGGAGAACAAUGAAUUCGUGGAUGAUGUUUCUGUACAUGUAUCAGACACGUACAACACUAUGAAUUGUGACGUUGAUCCAAGUGAUAAUUUGUUGUAUAUCUGUGUCCUUGAAAGUCUGAGAGUACAAAAGGAUGUCGCCAAAAUUCUAAUCCCUAUGUUUAUAAAGCCUAAUAAAGAACUGGAGGAAAUUCUUGAAGAAAAGAACGUGACCAUCUCCACUUCGAUCUCAUUUGAACCUGUUCCUGGCGACGUUAGAGAUAAUACCAGAAUUUCCACAUUAUUGACCCUGAAAGAUGCGAAAGUACCACUGGCUAUCAUCAUCUCCGCAGUCGUAGUGGGUCUGCUCUUCGUUAUCAUCAUUGCAUUCAUUCUAUACAGGGUCGGCUUCUUGCAGCGUAAGAAGAAACAAGAAUUAGAAAAAUUAAGAAGAAGCGUUAAACGACAAACUAUUUUGAGGAGGUCUACAAUGCCCAAUCAGAACAGUCCUCAAUCAUCUCAACAGCGAAGGCCAGUAUUGGAAGAAUUAAAGGAUACUGAUGAAGAUAUACUCGUGUCUAAAAAAUAAUAAUAAUAUACCAUAAGUUAAUAAAUUGUACUAGCACAAAUUCUUUUCUUCCCUUUCUCGUGGGAUUUUGGAGAUAUCUUUGGAUGAAAUAAAUUCUAUAUAUUAUAAAAAGCAAUUGCUAUUCGUUAGUCUCGCUAAAACUCGAGAACGGCUAAUAAACCGAUUUGGCUAAUUUUAGGUAUAAAAGGUGAGAAAAUAAUGUUUGAGGCGGUACGAAGUUUGCCGGAUCAGCUAGUACUUUUUAAAACAAUGUUAUCAAUAUUACGUUAGUAGAUUUAAUACUUUUUUGGUGCCCAAUAGGGCCCAUUGUUUGAACAUAUUUUUGUAUUAAAAUUGUAGACCACACUGUACAUUAUACAUUAAAGUGAUUUGAAAAAUUAUAUGUCCGUCUCCUGGUUCUAAGCUAUCUUCUUAUCAAUUUUCAUCCAAAUCGAUUAAGCUGUUCCGAUUAAAUAGUGUAAUUAACACGAUUUUAUUUUAUAUAAGGAGCUUUAAAAGUAUCUGCCACGACUUUUAUGGAAGGCAGUAAUAAUGUGUUUGAAGAUUACAAUAGUAUAUAAAUAUAAAUUGUUGAUUAUGAGUAUUUUAGUUUGUUAUGAUAGAGUUAUCUCUUUUAACUGUCUCUGAAAACAAUUGCUAUCUAUUGUUUUUGUUGAUGACGCGACGCACCGUGCGUAUUUGUGAACUACCUUAUGCAGAGCAGAGUUAAUGUUUAUUUAACUUAUUUAUGUUCUCAAUUUGAAUUAGAAGGUCCGGUGUCCGAAUUUUCUUUACUAUUAUAAUCUUCAAAUACAAUACCUCCCAUUAAAGCCAUGGCUAAUAAUUUUAGAACGCCUUAUUUAUAUAGAUUAGAUUAUAAUAAUAUUAUAUUUGUGCCUAGUCUGUAAAUGUUACAUAACUAAUAACUAUUAAAAGAUUUAAAUGAUGUC